GAAAUACUUUUCAAAGUUUCAAAAGCUUUAGAGGACUCGCAGAGUCAGAGGUUUGGUAUUAGUGUUAAGCGUUAACAUUGAAAGUGAAGGCGUGAGACAUAACUGAAGGGAACGGACCAUACAUUUCCACUCUUCUCGUAAUACAAUUACUCACAAACUCUUUGUAUUUCUAUUUUAAAAAAACGUUAACUUUUCUCAACUGAAUCGCGAUUUUACUCAUCUAGUGCACCGAAAAUGCCUCAAAGCAAACAUCUUAAUUACUAUGGAUUUCUGGGACUAUUCGUUGCCUUAGCAUCCGUGGCGUCCUUUUUCAUCCUGAAGAACAAGGACUGCACUAUAUUUACGGGCGACGACUAUCCCAAGCUGGAGAUCAUCCAAAUCACGGGAACCAUCACUGGAGGCGUGCUAUUUAUACUCAGUUUCUUCAAUAUCGCCGGAAUAUUAUACGACAUAAAGAUCUUAUUCUUCGCGGCCAUCGUGGCAAUUUUGGUGAUCGCCGGGGUCAUGUUUUGGGGCGCUUUCGUGGCAUUUUCCGAGCCCUGCAAAGAAUUCUUUCUGGGAAUCAAUGCAUCCGUCUUUGACAAGAAUGCCUUCAAAGCGGAAGACGGGGCCAACAUUGCUAUUAUGGUUUUGGACGCAUUGGCAGGACUUAUGCUCUCAUCCAUUGGAUUCACAUUUGGAAAACGUCUCUAAAAACAGAUCUCAUAUUUUUGCAUUUUAUUUACACUUUGUUUUCAGUACUUUAAUUAAUUAUACACCGCUUUUGAUCGCAUCAAACAUUUCUGGUUUAAAAUACAUAUUUAAACUGUGAAUGAAUUUCAUUUUGUCUACAAAAAUAUAUAUACUCUCUGAAUAUUAUAAUCAAUUGUGAUGUUAAUUCUUGUGAAUACAGUUGACGUCCAAAUGCGC